AUGCCGCUUCCAUUCAACAAGACUUUGGACUUGAAACUUAUAAAACUAGUGAAGGAAAACCCUAUCAUUUACAAUCCAAAACACGCGAAGUAUUUAGACUUUGAUUCGAGGGAAGUCGUUUGGCAGAAAAUCGGAGACGCGCUUAGUAGACCUGCUCUAGUCUGCAAGUCGCGAUGGGUAAACAUACGCGACAUGAUGCGUCGGAAGAUCAAAGACCGUCUGCGGAACCCUAAUCAACACAGUUACAACUACAAGUACGAGGAGCAACUCUCCUUUAUGAUGUCUUACUUCCGGGAACCUAAUGCCACAAGUAACGAUGAAUAUGCAGAUUAUCUGGACAACAGUGCAGAGGGCUGCGAAGUGGAGAUGCCCGCUGAGGUGUUCGUGGAAGAAGGCACUGAGUUCGAACGUCAGGAUAGGGAAGUCAAACCGAACUUAUCCACUUUACGAAGUAAGAGGUCGCAAGAAGACACGGGCCACCUCCAUGACAGCACGUAUCAAGAAUUGAAUCCAGCUGACCCAUUGGACGUCUUCCUAAUAACGAUAGGUUCUACAUUAAGAAAGUUCAGCCCGUACUAUCUAAACCAGGCGAAGAGUAAGAUAUUCCAGGUAGUUCAAGAUUACGAGCUGCAGCAGAUCAUGAAUAAAGAGGACCAGCAACCUGCAAGUAACGACACGGCCAGAUAG